AUCGAAAAACACUAUUUGCGCGUACAAAAACUUCGUGAGUCAGAAUUUGUACAUUGUAUAAAUUUAUAAUUUAUAAAUUUGGUGUACGAUAUUUUGUAUGAAACGAUGGCAUAUCAUCAGGAUGGAAUGCCAGAUCAGCAAUUCCUUUGGGAUGUUUUUCAAAGAGUGGACAAAGAUAGGAGCGGUCACAUCUCAGCAGAUGAGCUUCAAGUGGCCCUUUCUAAUGGUACAUGGUCUGCAUUUAACCCUGAAACGGUUCGUUUAAUGAUUGGAAUGUUUGAUCGCGAAAACAGAGGAACAGUAUCUUUUCAAGAUUUUGGAGCCCUGUGGAAAUAUGUGACAGAUUGGCAAAAUUGCUUUCGUUCUUUUGACCGGGACAAUUCGGGCAAUAUUGACAAAAAUGAACUUAAGACAGCACUAACUUCAUUUGGGUACCGUUUAUCUGACCACCUCGUAGACGUUUUACUCCGAAAAUUUGAUCGUUUUGGACGAGGCACUAUUCUUUUUGAUGAUUUCAUACAGUGUUGUAUUGUUCUUUACACAUUAACAACUGCAUUCCGGCAACAUGAUACUGACAUGGAUGGCGUCAUAACAAUACAUUACGAGCAAUUUUUAAGCAUGGUUUUUUCUUUGAAAAUAUAAUGGUGUAUUUAAAAAAAUUAAACUUCUAUAUAUACCUUCAUUUUAAAGAACAUAAAAUGACGUGUGUAAAUUAAAUAGUGGAUGCUGUUUAUUAGAAAUAAACAACAAAUAAUACAAAUACAAAACAAUAUAAAGUAAUUGAAUUUAUUGUAUAUUUAAAAUUUUACUUUUUACUUUGUAAUAAAACUUGUUCCAAUUGUGCAAGGGAUACAAGAAGGGAUACAAAACAGGGGUCAAUUGAAAGAAGAUCAAAAUACUUUUCUUCCAAACAUAAUUUGUAUUUAAAAUAUAAAUGAGGUUAAUUGUUAAAAC